GAGGACGUUGGUGCGUAACGCACAAAAACCUUGUUUAUUUAUUUAUUUUAGUUUAAUAUUAUUGUUGUUAUAGUUUUGGAGUUAUUAAAAAAAAGUAUUAGUACUGUUUUAAUAUGAGCUACUAGUCAUUAAGAUAAGAAGAAUAUUAAUUAUUUAUUACUUAGAUAAUAAUAUAAUUGUGAUAUGGAGCGCAAGGAAAAACUGUCGUUUGAGGAUGCCCUUAGCAGAGCAGGUUUCGGGCUGUACAGCUACCUGAUGACAGUGCUGGCGGGGCUGAUCGUGAUCUCACAGGUGUGCGUGGCGUACGGGACCACCAUCAUCAUACCCGCCAGCACCUGCGAACUGGAGACCACGGGGGCGCAGCGCGGAGCCCUAGCUGCCGUACCUGUAGUGGGUCUGAUCCUGGGUGGAGUAUUCUGGGGGUACUUAGCGGACAAGUACGGCCGGAAGCCCAUGCUGAUCAUCUCGCUCCUGACCGCCGCCACCGUCAACGCACUUGCGAGCAUCUCCGUCAACUGGGUGAUGCUGAUGAUUCUGCAGUUCCUCGCCACGCUACUAUCAUCAGGACAGUAUCCGUUAUCCCUGGCGCUGGUCAGCGAGAGCGUGCCGUUGAUGAAGCGAAAUGUCGUGGUCCUUCUGGUGACCAGUAUAUUCUUACUCGCACAGGGUGUCAUGGCUGUGUUAGCGAUACCAAUCAUACCGUUGUCAUUCUCCUACUACCUGAGCUCUCUGAACAUCUACUGGAACUCAUGGAGAACACUCCUGCUGGUAUACUCAGCGCCCAGUCUCGUCACAGCCACGAUAAUGCUCUUCGUCAACGAAAGUCCGAAGUUUCUCUUCGCUAAAGGCAGAGAGAAUGAAGCCAAAGAUGUAUUGUACAAGAUUCAUAAAAUGAACCACAUUGGGUCGUCACCAUUAUUAGAGAUUGACGGCAUUGUUCAAGAAAAGGAGAAAGAGACUGAAGUACCAAAGGAAGAAAUGUCACAAUUAUUUAAGCCUCCGUUAUUAAAAAAUCUGAUAAUUAUUUCUUUGCUCUACAUAUGCCAACAACUUGGCGCCUUCAUGGUGUGGCUGCCUACCAUCGCCAACCAGUUCGUAGAGAUUGUCCAAACUGGCGAGGGAUCAAACCUCACCCUGUGUGGGAUUAUACGACAGAGCUUGGACGCCCCGCCUAAUCCGGACAUAGCGCCUUGCGCCCUCAACACAACGGCAAUGUUAAUUGUUCUCGCUGUAGGGGCAUUGCAAUCUGUAAUGAAUGGUUUGCUUAGUUUGAUUGUCAAUCGUGUGGGUCGUCGGAACUUGUCGAUAAUGAUAACGGCGAGCUGUGGAGCGCUCGGGAUCAUCGUCAACCUCAUCCCCAACGCGUACGGCAGCGUCAUCGUCUUCGUCCUCUCCCUCAUCGGCAUGAUCGUCAUUGGCUUAUAUGCCGCGAUCACCGUCGCCUCUUUCCCCACACACUUAAGGGCAUUAGCCAUCACCAUAGCAAUGACUGGAAGUAGACUGGGUACAUUUGUAUCAGUACAAAUCCUGAACUUCCUUCUCGAAACAAACUGCGAGGCAGGCUUUUAUUUAUUUUCAUCCAUUUACGCAGUUUCUGCAAUCAUAGCAGCGUUUCUUGCAGACGACCGAGCCUUACAAGUGAAUAAAGUCUCUAGUCAGUUAUAAGAUUAAAAAUUAUUUAUAGCCAAGA